AUGGUCCUGUUCUUCGGGGACUUCUUCCAGUUCGACCCCGUCCUGCAGACCAGCCUCCUCUUGCCGGCGCCCAGGGACCAUGGCGGACAGAGACCGGAAAGCUUGGCGAAGCAUCUCGCAGCGCACAGGCUGUUCCUCCAGUUCACAACCGUUGUCAUCCUCCAGGAGCAGGUCCGCGCGGCUGGUUGCCCAAGGCUUCGGGGCUUCCUCGGGCGCCUGCGCAACGGCGAGCAGACCGAGCUGGACUUCCAGCGGCUCAGUCAACGCCUUUAUACACCGUCGUGCAAGGCGUCCUUCGUAGACGGUCUGAGAGCCAUCACGCCCCUGAACCAAGACCGGUGGGACCUGAACAUGGCAGCCGUCGUCCAGUGGGCCCGUGCCUACGGCAAACACAUCUCCAUCUUUGUAGCCAAGCAUGACACCGAAUCGGCGAAGCGGCUGCGCGUCGAAGAGCUGGGCGACGUGCUCCGCCACGGCAAGCCGGGUUUUCGGUGGGUCACCCACAGAACGGGACCUCUUUGCACGCCGGCCUUCGCCAUGACGGAUCAGAAGAGCCAGGGAAAGCAGUUCUCAGACGUCCUCGUCAACCUGAAAGGGGUACGCGGCGGCGGCACAGCGACUCGGCCCAGUUUCAUGAGCUUGUACGUGCAGCUGUCGAGGGCGCAGAGCUGGGACGGGCUGCAUCUGUUUCGGAAGCCGGCGCGCAGUGACUUCAUCGAGCCGAAGAACGUGCUUGAUAAAGACAUGAGGGACGCCAUCCUCAAGCUGGAACGACAGGUAGCAAUAGUCAACCCAUAA